AUGACGCAAAACGGUCACCCACAGGGGGGUUCCCUUUUCCAACAGAUGUACUCCAUCCAGCAGCAACAGCAGCAGUUCCCGUAUCCCCAACCCUACCCUGCCCCUGGUGUAGGGGGGAGCGCGCCACCCCACACGACCCCUCUCCACGCGGAAAGGAUGAAUGGCGGUGGGAUCCCUCUUCCUCCACCACCACCACCACCUCCUCCCGUUUAUUACCUCCCCAUCCCUCCCCCCUCCCCACCGCAACCUCAGGAUAAGGAUUAUUAUAAAGGCUUCCACGACAGCGUGGUGCGACCCUCCGGGCCGAUCUGGGGAAGUGCCGUGAGCUGGAUCGCCCCGGUGGUCGUGAAUAUGGCGCUUUUUAUUCUCCCGAUUUGGUAUUUUCGCCGGAAAUACACCCAGUCCAUGGCGGCCGCCGGCCUGAAAGGGCAAAAGUCAAACAAUCCCAUGAGCGGCCUUAUGGAGGCGAUGAACCCGAUUAAGACGAAGCAUUUCCGCACAGAAGUGAAAGGGACGACCUUCAAGGACGUUAUCGGGAUCCCAGAGGCGAAGGAGGAUCUGAAGCAGUACGUGGAUUUUCUCAAGGACCCCAAACGCUUUACGCGACUGGGUGCGCGGCUACCCAAAGGCUGCCUCCUAACAGGGAAGCCGGGAACUGGAAAGACGUUGCUCGCGAGGGCGUUGGCAGGGGAGUCGAAUACGCCUUUUUUCAGCUGCUCUGGCGCUGACUUUAUCGAAAUCUUCGGCGGGAGUGGCCCGAAGCGCGUGCGGGAGUUGUUUGAGGAGGCAAAGGCGGCCGCCCCUUGUGUGGUGUUUAUCGACGAAAUUGACGCGAUCGGCUCGCGCAACCAAGGGGGCCGCUCCAUGGGCAGUGGUGGGAGCAGCGAGGAGAACCGCACGAUUAAUCAACUCCUCGCGGAGUUGGAUGGACUUUCGAGCAACGAGGCGGUCGUCGUGGUGGCCGCGACGAAUUAUCCCGAGGCGCUUGAUAAGGCCCUUCUCCGGGAGGGUCGAUUUGAUCGCAAGGUGAACAUCCCCAUGCCGGACCCCGCGGCUCGCUGUGAGCUUUUUCAGUUCUACCUCAACACCAUCAUCACUGGGGAUGCGAACUGCAAGCCGAAGGUGCAGAUUUUUAAACCCCGUGCGACAGGAGAGAAUCCCGAUGCGGAGGCUUCCCCCCCCCCUUCGGAAGACGUCGUGCGCGACAUAAAAGUGGUACCAGGGGUGAGCAACUUGGAGUACGCGAAGGUUUUGGCGGAUCGCACGCCCGGAGUUUCCCCCGCGCAGAUCGCGACCAUCGUGAACGAGGCCGCCCUGAACGCGGCGAUGCAAGACAAGGAGCUCGUCCCUUUGGAGACGCUGCAGGAGAGUAUCGAUGACGUCUUGAUUGGCAAAAAACACCGACAACGGAUGAGCGGGGGGGCGUUGCAUCGCACUGCAUUUCACGAGGUCGGGCAUUGCAUCCUGGCGUGGAUGAAUCCGCUUCAGAAGGAUGUGAUCAAGCUUUCCAUCAUCCCGCGCGGGCGCGCCGGCGGCUACACGCAGCAACUCCAAGACGAGGCGAUGGAGCCGCAUACGGAGGCGCACCUCUUCUCCCAGCUCUGCGUGCUGAUGGGCGGGCGGGCGGCGGAGCGGAUUUUCGAAGACGACAUUUCCAUCGGCGCAAUGGACGACCUCCAGCGCGCGACGCGUUUGGCGACGGAGAAAAUUCUGCAGUACGGGAUGUCGAAGAGCCUCGGGCAGAUCGCGUUUAAGCCGAACGACAAGAACGACGGGCGGGCGUGGAUGACGUGGUCGGAGGACCUCCAUGAGAAGGUCGAGGCCGAGGCGAAUGAGUGGGUCGCGGAGGCGUAUGAAUACGCCGAGAAGUGUCUUUUGGCAAACCGGGAUGCCCACGUGAAACUCGCGGAGCUUCUUUUGGAUAGGAAGGAGCUGAAUAAGGAUGAUAUCGAGAGCGUGUUGGGGAAGCGCCCCACCACGCCCGUUCCCUUCCCCCUUUGA